CAGCGUGCGGAGCGCGCCAGAGCGCGGGAAGCCGGUCUGCGCGGGCGCUGGGUUUUCUCGGUUCAGGCGCGGAGCCUCCUUCGCCACAGUGAGUCCUCGCCCGCCUUGCUAGCGCCAGCGGAGAAGCGUGUCCCCUUCCCGGCUUGUUGUGUGACAGACCUUCUGCUGCACCCACUGGCGUCGCUUGGGUGGAGGAAUCCGGGCUGUGGAGAGCGUGCUCGGGAGGAGACUAACCUUUCUUUCUCCCUCCCACUCCCCGCUUUCCUCGCCUUGAAAAUAGACCAUCGUUAUAAGACAUUUUCGGGUAGGGAAAAGAAAACAUGCCUGCAACACAGAAGCCGAUGAGAUAUGGACAUACCGAAGGACACACAGACGUCUGUUUUGAUGAUACUGGAAGUUGUAUUGUGACUUGUGGAAGUGAUGGUGAUGUGAGAAUUUGGGAAGACUUGGAUGAUGAUGAUCCUAAGUCCAUUAAUGUUGGAGAAAAGGCAUAUUCAUGUGCUUUGAAGAAUGGAAAAUUGGUCACUGCAGUUUCUAAUAAUACUGUUCAAGUUCACACAUUUCCUGAAGGAGUUCCAGAUGGUAUAUUGACUCGCUUCACUACAAAUGCAAAUCAUGUGGUCUUUAAUGAGGAUGGCACUAAAAUUGCUGCUGGAUCAAGUGAUUUUCUCAUCAAAAUUGUGGAUGUGAUGGAUAGCAGCCAACAGAAGACAUUUCGAGGACAUGAUGCCCCUGUCUUAAGUCUUUCUUUUGACCCUAAGGGUGUCUUCCUGGCAUCAGCUAGUUGUGAUGGAUCUGUCAGAGUUUGGGAAAUUUCAGAUCAGACAUGUGCUAUUAGUUGGCCACUCCUACAAAAAUGCAACGAUAUGAUAAAUGCAAAAUCCAUCUGCAGACUUGCUUGGCAGCCAAAAAAUGGGAAGUUAUUGGCAGUUCCUGUGGAAAAAUCUGUAAAAUUAUAUAGAAGAGACACUUGGAAUAAUCAAUUUGAUCUUUCAGACAUUUUCAUCUCUCAGACCCUCAAUAUAGUAACCUGGUCUCCCUGUGGGCAAUACUUAGCUGCAGGUAGUAUUAAUGGUUUAAUUAUAGUUUGGAAUGUGGAAACCAAAGACUGCAUGGAAAGGGUGAAACAUGAGAAAGGUUAUGCAAUCUGUGGCCUGGCCUGGCAUCCUACUUGUGGUCAGAUAUCUUAUACUGAUGCAGAGGGAAACCUUGGACUCCUGGAAAAUGUAUGUGACUCCAGUGGAAAGAUGUCAAACAGGAAGGUAUCUAGCAGAGUGGAAGAGGAAUACAACGAUCUUUUUGAUGGUGAUAAUACAAGUAAUGCUGGUGAUUUUCUAAAUGAUAAUGCAGUUGAGAUGCCCUCUUUUUCAAGAGGGGCUAUAAAUGAUGACGACGAUGAUGACCUCAUGCUGGCUUCCAGUCAUGCUAGACAACGAAGUCAUGUUCUAGAAGAUGAUGAAAAUUCAGUUGAUGUUACAAUGCUAAAAACUGGUCUUCUCAAAGAGGAGGAGGAAGAUCAGGCAGGUAGCAUUCACAAUCUACCACUUGUAACAUCCCAAAGGCCAUUUUAUGAUGGGCCCAUUCCAACUCCCCGGCAAAAGCCAUUCCAGUCAGGCUCUACACCCUUACAUCUCACUCACAGAUUCAUGGUGUGGAACUCAAUUGGAAUUAUUCGCUGCUAUAAUGAUGAACAUGACAAUGCCAUAGAUGUGGAGUUCCACGAUACCUCAAUACACCAUGCAACACACUUGUCAAAUGCUUUGAAUUAUACAGUAGCAGAUCUAUCCCAUGAAGCUAUUUUGUUGGCAUGUGAAAGCACUGAUGAACUAGCAAGCAAGCUUCACUGCCUGCACUUUAGUUCUUGGGAUUCAAGCAAAGAGUGGAUAGUAGACAUGCCUCAGAAUGAGGAUAUUGAAGCCAUAUGUUUGGGUCAGGGAUGGGCUGCUGCUGCCACUAGUGCCUUGCUCCUUCGAUUAUUUACUAUUGGAGGUGUUCAAAAAGAGGUCUUCAGCCUUCCUGGACCUGUGGUGUCAAUGGCAGGACAUGGAGAACAGCUUUUCAUUAUUUAUCACAGAGGUACAGGAUUUGAUGGAGAUCAGUGCCUUGGAGUUCAACUAUUAGAGCUGGGGAAAAAGAAAAAACAAAUUUUACAUGGUGAUCCUCUUCCUCUUACAAGGAAAUCCUACCUUGUCUGGGUUGGUUUUUCAGCUGAAGGUACCCCCUGCUACGUGGAUUCUGAAGGCUAUGUUCGAAUGCUUAACAGAGGGCUUGGUAAUACAUGGACUCCUGUGUGUAACACAAGAGAACACUGCAAAGGAAAGUCUGAUCACUACUGGGUGAUUGGUGUCCAUGAAAAUCCCCAGCAGCUAAGGUGCAUCCCUUGUAAAGGUUCUCGGUUUCCUCCCACCCUUCCACGCCCUGCUAUAGCUAUAUUAUCCUUUAAGAUUCCAUACUGUCAGAUGGCAACCGAGAAAGGACAAAUGGAGGAACAAUUUUGGCGUUCAGUUUUAUUUCACAACCACCUUGAGUACUUAGCUAAAAAUGGUUAUGAAUAUGAAGAAAGCACUAAAAAUCAAGCAAUAAAAGAGCAACAGGAACUUUUAAUGAAAAUGCUUGCGCUUUCUUGUAAACUGGAGCGAGAAUUUCGUUGUGUGGAACUUGCUGAUCUAAUGACUCAAAAUGCUGUGAAUUUAGCCAUUAAAUAUGCUUCUCGCUCUCGGAAAUUACUAUUGGCCCAAAAACUUAGCGAACUUGCUGUAGAGAAGGCAGCUGAAUUGGCAGCAACCCAGGCAGAAGAGGAGGAAGAAGAAGAUUUCAGGGAAAAGCUGAAUGCUGGUUACAGUAAUACUGCUACAGAGUGGAGCCAGCCAAGGCCUAGAAAUCAAAUUGAACAAGAUGCUGAGGAUAAGGAAGAAGCUGAUGAUACAAAAGAAAAACCAGAACUACAUAAGCAUGUGCAGAACUCAUUUGCCAAAAGUUCAAAUUCCUCUGAUGUGUCAGCUAUUAAGUCAGGUGCAGUUAUCUCUAGCAACCAAGGACGAGUAAACCCCUUCAAGGUAUUAGCCAGUUCCAAAGAGCCAGCUGUGUCAUUGAAUUCAACACGUUCAACUAAUAUUUUGGACAGUAUGAACAAAUCAUCCAAGAAAUCUUCUGCACUUAAUCGGGCAGCAAAUAAUGAAAGGUCUCCAGUUAUAAAACCUCUGAUUCCAAAGCCAAAGUCUAAGCAGGCAUCUGCAGCAUCCUAUUUCCAGAAAAGAACUUCUCAAGCCAGUAAGACUGAGGAAGUGAAAGAAGAAAAUCCUAAAAAUGAAUCAUCUGAAACCCCAGCUAUCUGUCCCCAAAACACUGAAAAUCAAAGGCCAAAGACUGGGUUCCAAAUGUGGCUGGAAGAAAACAGAAGUAAUAUUUUAUCUGACAAUCCUGACUUUUCAGAUGAAGCAGACAUAAUAAAAGAAGGAAUGAUUCGGUUUAGAGUACUGUCAACUGAAGAAAGAAAGGCAUGGACUAACAAGGCCAAGGGAGGAACUCCAAGUGAUGAAACGGAAGGAAAGAAGCGAAAACAUGCAGCUGAUGAAAGUCUUGAAGCAGAAAACCAAAAGGAAGCAGCAAAGGAGAAUCUGAAUUUGCCUAAAAAGCAAAAACCCUUAGAUCUUUCUACAAAUCAGAAGCUGUCAGCAUUUGCAUUUAAGUAGGAGUAAAGGAAGAAAGUGACCUUAUGGAUUUUUUUGCUCGUCUUUAAAUAUGAACUUUUUUUAAUAUUUAGGAAAUGGAUUAUUAUAUAUUUUAAAAGUUUAAAGACAACUGUUUUUCUUUAUAAGAUAGUGGGGUGUUAGCUCAGUGGUAGAGCACUUUCCUAGCAAAAGGAAAGUCCUGGACUCCAUUUCCAGCAUUAAAAAAAGAAAAAAACAAAAUGUAGUAAUUAUAUUGAUAUAGGAAACAGCAUGUGUGCAAAUUAUUCUGUCCCCACAUGGAGCAGAAGCAUUAUGAUUGUAAUUACUAACUAUAGGCCAUAUUGUAUCCCAAUAGAAGUCAGUUUGAUUUUAUUUCUUACCUUCAAAAAUCAUCAAAACCAAGAUUAUAAAACCUCUGCACAACGAAGUUAUCUUCUAGGGGUUUCCUCAGUUGGUUUAUGUCAUGUACUGGGAAAUACCACAGUAGACCUCUUCCCAAGUAUGUUAACAUAGACUCUUUUUUUUUUUUUUUUUUGUCUAUAUUAGACCUGGGGGGCCAUGCUUUUUAAAUAUGGACCUCAAAUAUGUAAAUAAUCUUACAAAUAAAACUUUGUUUUAGAAAUUUCUUUAUAUAUGGUUUUCAAUUUUCUGUAUAGUGUAGGCUUUUUUGGAUAAAU